AAACACCAUAGCCUAUCUAUUAACUUCCCCACAAGCUAGCCAAAUCAAAACUCCAUAUCCAUCUAUCCUCAUCUUCCACGCGCACAAACUCCAUGGAUUUUCUCAAGAAAGCCUUAGACGGUGGCCACGACUCCGACCAAAAACCUUCCGACCACUCCGGCCAUUCGAACUCCGACCUCUUCUCCAGCGCUAAGGUGGUGGCCGAGGCCGCUCAAGCCCAGUUCCAGAACAAGAAUUCCGACAUCAACAAAGGGGAAGUGGCCGGCGCCGCAGCUAACCUCCUCGACGCCGCCCAAAAAUACGGCAAGCUAGACGAGACCAAGGGAGUCGGGCAGUACGUGGAGAAAGCGGAGGGCUAUCUCCGGGGGUACGGCCAGUCUGCGGGCGCCGCCGUCGGUGGAGCGGUGGAGAAGGCCGAAGGGGUUGGCCACUCCGCCGGUGAAGCGGUGAAGGGGCACGUGGAGAAGGCCGAAGGGAUGGGGCACUCCGCCGGUGAAGCGGUGAAGGGGCACGUGGAGAAGGCUGAAGGGAUUGGGCACUCCGCCGGUGAAGCGGUGGGGGAAUAUGCUAAGCAGGGUGAAGAGUUCCUGAAAAAGCAAUCCUCCGGCGAGGGCAACGGUGGCGCCGGAGAUUUCAUGAAGGCGGCCGGAGGUUUUCUGAAGAGGGAUUAACAAACUUUAUUAUUAACAUGUUAUGUACUAUGGUUUAAUUUACAUCUUCUACUUCUAAUUUGCUGGUCUGUAGUAAUAAUUGAUAAUAUGGAGCAUGUGCUUAGGCAUGAUUAUAUUGCAUGCAUUCACUGUCCAUGUUAAUCUGCUUGAUAUAUAAUAAAUAUAUAUGGUUGUUUUUUAAUUUU